AUGGCCUCGUUGACCGCAGGCAACCGGACCAAACGAGCAGCAGCCCAAAGGCUUGUACCUGAAUUCAAGGCCCAAUUCAAAUCCAGGACAACGAAUUUACUGGCCAGCAAGGGAUGGCACCCAGCGACAGCUCUCUGCCGACGACCGCAGUGGCUGCCCGCAUCUCAGGAGGUUUUGAUCAGCCCCCUGUCGGAGGACCACGAGGUCUACGUAUCUGUUCCCUGGACAUGCCCGGAGUUCUGUGCACAGGCGCGCAAGGUAGGCCACCCGAGUCACCUUGACUUGGGGCUCUCUGACCCUCUCAAGCGUACCAUCGAGCAAGUGGGUGCGGAGUCCCCCAGUUGCGUGAUGCAGAUUAGGGUACAGCAGUGCAAGAGGUGGGCGCAGCGGGCUCAGGCAUUGGAGGCCCAAGAAAGAGUAGCUAAACAGGCUCUACCUCAGCAUAUCCGGGACUCACUCCGGAGCAAACGCAUCCUUCUCUUUCAGGAGAUGUUGAGUGCGUCAGCAUAUCCGGACAAAGCUAUCGGAGAGGACAUCCUCAAAGGUUUCCCCUUGACAGGGAGCCUCCCUCUACCGGAAGGUUGGGAACCGGACGUUCGCCCAGCACUCAUGACGGAUGCGGAUCUGAGUGCACUCCACUGCGACAACAAUGACAAGAUCAUACAAGAAGUUGCCCAAAAUAGCAGAUUUGUUCAAGAACUCUGGGAUAAGUCCAUUCAGGAGAGGGACAAGGGGUGGUCACAAGGUCCGUACCGUUUGGCCGACCUGCCUGAAGACGCGCUGAUCAGCAAGAGGUUUGGUAUCCAACAAGGCCACAAACUUAGGCCUAUCGACGACCUGAGCCAGAGCCUUAUCAACAUGGCUUUUGAAUCGCACGGGAAAGUUCAUGUGCAUGAUGCAGAUGUCAUCACAGCAGCCCUGCUGAUGUUUCGCCGACUGCACAAGGGCAAGGUUUUUGGCAAAACGCUGGAUCUCAAGGCGGCCUACCGCCAACUACCUCUGGAAGAGCGGGCGCUUGACAAGGCCUUUAUCGCAGUCAAGUGCCCGGAAACAGGAGAAGUAGUGUUUUUCAGGCUUUUAUGCUUGCCUUUCGGUGCUACGGCAGCUGUGCACUCGUUUAUCCGAGUUUCCCUUGCCCUGUGCCACAUCGGGAACGUCCUAUUUCGACUACCCAUGACCGCCUAUUAUGACGAUUUUACUCUUUUCAGCAGCGAGGAGCUUCGUAACUCUACCUCGACAACCGUCGACAUCAUGUUUUCCUUGUUAGGUUUCGAUUUCGAUCGAGACGGUGAUAAGGCGCAGGACCUUCGCACGACUUUCAGAGCAUUGGGAGUGCAAUUCUCAUGCCUGGAGGAUGAGGAUCGGACUGUUCUUGUUUCCAACACAGAAGAAAGACUUCAAGAUGCAGUGGAAAGGAUCCAGGAAAUCAUCGAGUCGGAUUCACUCACCCCCAAAUUGUGGGCGAAAAUGCACGGUCGUUUGGGUUUCAUGAGCGGGCAGAUCGCCGGCAGACUGCCACGAGCACUGUUGCGAGCAGUGACCGUGGCCGUCUCAGCUGCAGGGACGGAACGCGGGGAAGUAGCCACGGCCCUACAGAGAGUCUUGGAGUUCUUGAAGGGUGCGCAACCCAGACGGCUAAGACCAGCGCUACGAGAUGUCAUCUUUGUUUACACUGAUGCGUCCCAGGAGGGAGUAGACAAUCUUGACAUGGGACUUGGAGCAGUGGUUCAAGAUCACGAAGGAACCAUCUUGGGGUGGUUUGGACUUAUGCUUCCCCGUGACGUAGCCGAGGAUGUCUUACGUGACGGGAAUAAGUGCAUCAAUGAGUUAGAGAGCCUAACUGUGGCAUUGACUGUUCGUCUCUGCGCGGCCAUACUGCUACAGCGGCAUGUGGUAUUCUAUCUCGAUAAUGAGGCAGCCAGAGUGGCAUUGCUUCGGAUGCAAAGUGAGAAUGCCAUGCUUGAUGCAGUGGCCAAGAUCUCAGCUGUCCACGAGGCCGAGCUCUCCUGUAUUCCAUGGUAUGCACGUGUACCGUCGCGCAGCAACAUAGCUGACAUAGCUGACGCGCCAGCAUCUUCGUCUCAUCAUCCUCAACCCAGUUGGCCCAAAACAGGGAUACUGCAAGGAUUAGGCUCAAGAUGGCCAACAGCCCGCGCAGCCCGCGCAGACAUCCAAGGGCACGGGUCCGGCCCAAUGGUGAGAGGCGAAGGACACGCAAUGAGCUGGCUCGACGUCGAGAACAACGUGGACACAGAGAUACCACUGAAGCUGGUGCAGGUAGCCGAGGGAGCCGAUUAG